CCCCCCCCCCCCCCCCCCGCUCGCUCCCUGUCAGUGCGGUGGCUGCGCCGGGAAACAUGGCGUCUGAGGGGAUGAUCUUAACGAACCACGACCACCAAAUCCGCGUCGGGGUCCUCACAGUGAGUGACAGUUGCUUCAGGAACCUUGCCGAGGAUCGUAGUGGGAUAAACCUUAAAGAUCUGGUCCAAGACCCUUCUUUGUUGGGUGGGACUAUAUCUGCAUACAAGAUAGUGCCAGAUGAAAUAGAAGAAAUCAAGGAGACGCUGAUAGAUUGGUGUGAUGAAAAGGAGCUUAAUUUGAUUUUAACAACUGGAGGAACAGGGUUUGCACCACGAGAUGUCACUCCAGAGGCCACUAAAGAAGUAAUAGAGCGAGAAGCCCCAGGGAUGGCCCUGGCAAUGCUGAUGGGAUCACUUAAUGUUACUCCUCUAGGCAUGCUCUCUAGACCUGUGUGUGGAAUCAGAGGGAAAACUCUCAUAAUUAAUCUGCCAGGUAGCAAGAAAGGGUCCCAGGAAUGCUUUCAGUUUAUACUGCCAGCCCUACCUCACGCCAUUGAUCUUUUGCGGGAUGCCAUUGUAAAAGUAAAGGAGGUGCACGAUGAGCUUGAAGAUCUACCUUCACCACCACCUCCUCUUUCUCCUCCUCCAACCACCAGCCCUCACAAGCAGACAGAAGACAAAGGAGUACAGUGUGAGGAAGAGGAGGAAGAGAAGAAGGAUAGUGGAGUUGCCUCAACAGAGGACAGUUCUUCUUCACAUAUAACAGCAGCAGCCAUUGCAGCUAAGAAGCAUCCAUCCUACACCAGUUCAGCUGUUAUCAUGGCAAAAGGUGAACAGCCCAUCCCUGGUCUCAUCAGUUAUUGCCAUCAUGCAGCAGGCAGUGCAGGAGAACCGAUUCCAGAUUCCAUCAUCUCUCGUGGUGUUCAGGUGCUUCCACGUGAUACAGCCUCCCUCAGUACUACUCCUUCAGAAUCUCCUCGUGCCCAGGCCACCUCUCGUCUCUCCACUGCAUCCUGCCCGACACCAAAACAAAUUAGACGGCCGGAUGAAAGCAAAGGAGUUGCUAGUAGAGUUGGAUCCCUCAAAGCUCGGCUCCCUUCGUGCUCAUCCACCUAUAGUGUUUCUGAGCUCCACUAUAGGUUGGAAGGGCUUAAAGAUGAACUGAGGAGGAAUAGAGGCUACAACUCGAGAGUCCAGUCUAGGUGCAGCAGCAAGGAGAACAUCCUUAGAGCAAGUCACAGUGCUGUUGACAUUACCAAGGUAGCAAGAAGACACCGCAUGUCUCCAUUCCCAUUGACAUCUAUGGACAAGGCCUUCAUCACAGUUCUGGAGAUGACCCCAGUGCUUGGAACAGAAAUCAUCAAUUACAGAGAUGGAAUGGGCCGAGUCCUUGCUCAAGAUGUAUAUGCAAAAGAUAAUCUACCACCAUUUCCAGCAUCAGUAAAAGAUGGCUAUGCUGUCAGAGCUGCUGAUGGCCCCGGAGAUCGAUUCAUCAUAGGGGAAUCCCAGGCUGGUGAGCAGCCAACUCAGACUGUGAUGCCUGGUCAGGUAAUGCGCGUUACAACCGGUGCUCCAAUUCCAUGUGGUGCUGAUGCAGUGGUGCAAGUGGAAGAUACAGAGCUCAUCAGGGAAUCAGAUGAUGGCACAGAAGAACUAGAGGUUCGAAUCCUGGUGCAGGCUCGACCCGGCCAAGAUAUCAGACCUAUAGGGCAUGACAUUAAAAGAGGUGAAUGUGUGCUGGCUAAAGGAACCCACAUGGGUCCAUCUGAGAUUGGUCUCUUAGCAACUGUUGGAGUAACCGAAGUAGAAGUUAACAAGUUUCCAGUGGUUGCAGUCAUGUCAACAGGGAAUGAGCUACUUAAUCCUGAAGAUGACCUCUUACCAGGAAAGAUUCGGGACAGUAACCGUUCAACUCUCCUAGCUACAAUCCAAGAACAUGGCUACCCAACAAUCAACUUGGGAAUUGUGGGAGAUAAGAAGCCAGAUGUUUUUAAAGAAGAAGGGACACAGAGCUUCCAGAACACUGCGGAGACAGGCCUACCAGAUUGCCCAGAUGAUUUACUGAAUGCACUGAAUGAGGGUAUCAGCCGUGCUGAUGUGAUCAUUACAUCAGGAGGUGUAUCUAUGGGGGAAAAGGACUAUCUUAAACAGGUGCUGGAUAUUGAUCUUCAUGCACAGAUUCACUUUGGCAGAGUUUUUAUGAAACCAGGCCUGCCGACAACUUUUGCAACUCUGGAUAUUGAUGGUGUAAGAAAAAUAAUCUUUGCGCUCCCAGGCAACCCUGUGUCAGCUGUUGUCACCUGCAAUCUCUUUGUUGUUCCCGCACUGAGGAAAAUGCAGGGUAUCCUGGAUCCUCGGCCCACCAUCAUCAAAGCCAGGUUAUCAUGUGAUGUAAAAUUGGACCCCCGCCCAGAAUAUCAUCGGUGCAUACUGACUUGGCAUCACCAAGAACCACUACCUUGGGCACAGAGUACAGGGAAUCAGAUGAGCAGUCGUCUGAUGAGUAUGCGCAGUGCCAAUGGACUGUUGAUGCUACCUCCAAAGACAGAGCAGUAUGUGGAGCUUCACAAGGGGGAGGUGGUGGAUGUCAUGGUCAUUGGAAGGCUAUGAUGUCACCAGCAAGAACGAAGCUUUGAUGCAUGUCCACAUAUCAUUGACUGUAUCCUGUAAUAUGCAACGGCACAGCUAGUUUUUCUGAUUUGGAUAACAGUUGAUCAGUAUAGUCAACAUCUUGAAUUAUAUUUCAAAUGGAAUUUAAAUAAAUACCUUUUAAAAAAAACUUUAAAACAAAUCUUAACAAAGAAAUUUAUUCUGAUUAUAUCAAAGCAACUUUUUCCUUUCCUUGCAAUUGCUUUGUGUGUUCAAUGCUAGUUCUAAUAGCGGUAGCUUUUAGUAGACAGCAGUAGGUGCCUGCAGAACUUGUGUUUUUUCUCAUCUUUAAGAUACAACUACUUAUGCUCUUAAAAUAAGGCUGUCUGCUUAUUUAUACUAGCGUAGACAACACUUGGAUUUCCCUUAUUAGUAUGCUUCAUAACCGCUUCACAGAGAGCUUCUGCUUGUUCUUUAUCUUGUAUCUCGUGUUGAUGUGCACAGUGCCAAAAGCAGAGUGGCUGCACUGGGAACCCAAUGAAGCCCCGAGGUUUUCUCACCUCGCUGCGCAUUCAGGGAUCUCUCUUGUCCCGGCAGCCACCCAGCUCAGUACUCUUGGGCAGUAACUGGAUACCUUUUAUUUCAACAAACAAAAAAAUUGCUUCCUUAAGUGCUGACAGCCUUUUUAACCAAUACAUUUAAAAAUGUACAGAACUAAAAACUAAAAAAAAUCAAAGACUGAUCUUGUACAGAUAUUAGUGUUACCAGCAUUCGUGUGGAAAUUAAAUGAGCAAAGAAAUAAACCUAAUGUUAAACAACUCUGUACCAUAACAUUUUCUGUAAUGAUAUUGAAACUUAAAUGAAUAAAAAAAAAUCCUCAAUCAUUAUUUAAAA